AUGACCGAGAACUCCACGUCCACUCCUGCAGCCAAGCCCAAGCGGGCUAAGGCCUCCAAGAAGUCCAGAGACCACCCCAAGUAUUCAGACAUGAUCGUGGCUGCCAUCCAGGCGGAGAAGAACCGUGCUGGCUCUUCGCGCCAGUCCAUCCAGAAGUACAUCAAGAACCACUACAAGGUGGGUGAGAACGCCGACUCCCAGAUCAAGUUGUCCAUCAAGCACUUGGUCACCACUGGGGUCCUCAAGCAGACCAAAGGGGUGGGUGCCUCGGGAUCUUUCCGGCUGGCCAAGAGUGACGAGCCCAAGAGGUCAGUGGCCUUCAAGAAGAUGAAGAAGGAAGUCAAGAAGGUGGCCACGCCAAAGAAGGCUGCCAAACCCAAGAAGGCUGCCUCCAAAGCCCCAAGCAAGAAGCCCAAAGCCACCCCAGUCAAGAAGGCCAAGAAUAAGCCAGCUGCCACGCCCAAGAAAGCCAAAAAACCCAAGACUGUCAAAGCCAAGCCAGUCAAGGCAUCCAAGCCUAAGAAGGCCAAACCAGUGAAGCCCAAAGCCAAGUCUAGUGCCAAGAGGGCCGGCAAGAAGUGA